UGCAUAUUCUUAGUCUUUUGUGCCUUUAAGCUGCGGACUCUGUCUGGUCGGAACCCUAACAAAACUCUCAUUUGUCUCACGAAGAUCUGGGUUUCCAAAGAUCUCUUUGACGCAGAUGUUGCUUUGUUCAUGUGGGUGAUCUUUUAUUUAGCUAAAGACAAUGCCUUGGGUGAAAUUUAAAUAGAGAUUGUAGUUUGAUUUUGCCGUUUUCGCCUUUGAAUAUUAUUGGUUGCAAUGGAUGGAGAUAAUAAUUUGAAUAUGCGUAACUGGGGUUACUAUGAACCUGCACCAUCCCUUAAAGGCCAUCUGGGUCUUCAGCUUAUGUCGUCCAUGCCUGAAAAACCGCUUAUUGGGGGCCGCAAUGCUGCGGUUUUGGCUGGUGGGAAUGGGGCUUUUCACCAUAGGGAUAUGGGGGUUUCCCAUUCAGCAUUCCCCAUGGAGUACAUGAGGGAUGCUUGGUUUAAUCAGAGGGAGAAAUAUAUUAAUGUAUUAUCCGGAAACCCCAGCUAUGGGGUUUUGCCCGAGACGUCCUCGGCUCAACAUGUGCAGAUGGUUCAGGCACCUGAUUUGUCCAAGGAUGAAAGGAUCGUGAGUACUGAAGAGACGGGUAUUGAGAAGGAAAACGGACCUAUUAAGAAAAGGCAGGCGCCAAAGGCCCCAAAAUCCCCAAAAGAGAAGAAGGCGAAGAAAGCCCCUCGUGCACGGAAGGCUGAGAGUAGUCCUUCUGUUCCACGAGCAAGGUCUGCCGCAAAAAAAACCACGGAGAUUGUUAUAAAUGGGGUUGACAUGGAUAUAUCGGGGAUUCCCAUCCCGGUUUGCUCAUGUACUGGGGCACCUCAGCAGUGUUAUCGAUGGGGAUCUGGUGGGUGGCAAUCUGCGUGUUGUACAACUAAUAUGUCAAUGUAUCCCUUGCCAUUGAGUACCAAACGACGUGGAGCAAGGAUUGCAGGUAGAAAGAUGAGUAUAGGAGCGUUCAAGAAAGUUUUGGAGAAACUUGCAGCAGAAGGUUACAACUUCUCUAAUCCGAUUGAUCUGAGGACCCACUGGGCCAAACAUGGAACAAAUAAGUUUGUCACCAUCAGGUAGAUGUAUUAUGUGGAACUUUAUUUUGGCCAUCCACUGCAUUCAGCAUGAUUCUCUUGUGUAUAUAUGUAUGUGGCCUGCAGCAGAGGCUUCUGAGGUAGCUUGUAGUUGAUGAGUCUUCUGUCAUGUAACAUGUUUUUGAUAUUUCGCCUUCAGAUUCUCCUGAUAUGUUAUUCUAUUCUCCUUUUCCCGUGUUUUAGAGACAUUAAUUUUACUGGAUUCUCAGAAACAGAUGUAACGAGAAAUCUUUCAGAUUCUUGUAGCAAGUUUUUCCUUCCUGACCUUGAUGUGAUGUUCGACGAACAUCUCUCUGCUGCUUGGCAUUUGUACUUCAUCUUAAUGAAUUCAGUGUCACUAACUUCUUGCUUCU